AUGGGCUGGGUGGAUGUCUUCCGUCGUGGGCGCGCGGCGGUGCCCAGCCACAGCUGGUCUGUCUACGGGCCAAAGGCGAGGCUGCGCAACAUACAUCCCAUAGAGAUGUUGCACGUGAUCAAGUUCCCGCACCUGAACCUGGUGCAGACCCAUGUGCGUCCGUCUAAACUUCAGAGGGAGUUGAUACGGUGGGGUGCUGUGCUGGGCAUCACGUCGGCCACGUUCCAGUUCCUCACCAACUUGCACAUCGUCCCCAUAACUGGACGCACACAAGUCGUGGUGCUUUCCCGGGAGGAAGAAUGUGAACUUGGGAACAAAACAGCGCUGGAAGAGUUGGCAGGGGCAAAAACUAUCGACGACGGGCCGCAGUUACAGAUGUGCAUUGAUGUAGCAACGCGCCUCGUGUCAGUGUCGGAGCAUCUAUUCCCUCGCGAAUACGACUGGCGAGUCUGGCUGGUGGACAAUCCGUCCUCCGCCAAUGCGUGCUGCGCUCCCGGGGGGAAGAUCAUCGUACAGACGGGGAUACUGGACCUCAUCGACCUUGCGGUACAGAAGGGUAUUUGUCAUAGCAAGCAUGACGCGCUUGCGGUCGUGAUGGCGCAUGAAAUCGGCCACGCGCUGGCGAGACACACGGCCGAGUCGAUGAGCAUGUUGCCGUUGAUGUAUCUGCAGUUCAUUCUCGGCAUGGAGAGCCCGCUGCUCAAGUACAUUUUCCAAUUCGCCUUCAACUUGCCCUUCAGUCGGUCGCAAGAGGCCGAAGCAGACCACAUUGGCAUCAUGCUACUUGCUAGCGCGUGCUACGAUCCGUCGGAGGCCCCGCGGCUGUGGAAGGCGUUCACGGCUUUCUAUGCGGAUCCGGAGGCAGGUGAGGACGAGCUGGACAUGGAUUUUGAUUGGAUAUCGACGCACCCUUCCAACCGCAAGCGCGAACGAGCGCUGGACGGGCUCGUGGAGGCCGCGUUGGAGGUGCAGCGGCGCAGUAGCUGGUGCGCCUUCCUCCAGAAGAAGGUGUUGGAGUUUGUGGGUGCUAACACAGAGGCCGAGCUGCUGCACCACAUCCGCGCUGCCAUGACGCAGGCCCAAGCAGAAGAAGCCCACGCCAACAGCACUGCAGCGCUGCGUCCGCGACGUCGAAAUACUAUUGGUGCCAUUCACGCCCUGGAGAGUCAAGAGAUGCUAAAGAUCAUCCUUGACGACGCAGCAAUGGCGGAUGGAGAGAAGCAGCAAGUGGCAGCAGCCAGCGCAUAG